AUGGGGGAUGCGUUGCUGCGGCAGCUACUGGCUCAGCACGCCGAGGUCUCCCGUCGGCAGCAAGCGGCCUGCCGGAUGUCCAGGAACCAUGCGGCCCACGGGCAAGCCCUCGGGGCGCAGGCGGCCACCAUUGCAGAGCAGAUUCAGAAUCGCCGCGACGCACUCAAUCGCGACGCGGGCGAAACAAAGGCUGCGCUGUCGGCUCGCGCUCCGCUCGUGCUCGAGGCCGCCGUGGCGCUCGGUCGGCCGCACCUGAAGCCGUGGCAGUACGACGUCGCGUGCCGAGUCGCGAGUAGGCAGGAUGCGAUCGCCAUCAGGCCGGCCGGUGACGGCAAGAGCCUCCUCGUGCACUUGCUUGCAAUGCAGCCGGACGCUGGCCUCAUUCUCUACAUCCUCCCUCUGAUCGCACUUGCCGUAGAGCAGUGCGACGCACUGAAUGACGCCGCGGGAAUGGAGAGAGAGCUCGUCGACGGCACUAUGCGGCCCACCGCAGUCGUGCUGGGUGGUGAAAACGAGGCUGACUUUCACGAGCGCAUCGGCACUCGCCCGCCUGACUUUCAGGCGCGGCGCAAAGCCACGCUGUGCGGCGAGCCCGAGGCGCUCUGCGAGCGGUUGCCGCCAAGAAGCGAGAAGGCGAUGCUCUCGCUGCGGCUGCACGCGCUCCUGCGAAGCGCCAGCUUGCUGCCCGAGGUGCCGCAGUUUCCGCCUGCUCCAGCGGCCUCCGAGGUGCCAGGGAUGGCGAGAGACGUCGACAUGCCGUGCGUCUCCGAGGCGGGGACCGCAGUCCCUCCGGCUCCGCUGCCUGCGGCGCAGACCCUCUCGCUCGAGCCUCUCUCACUCUCGCCAUCUCUCGGCGCUGCGCUGCCGACGGAGAGCGCUGCAGCGUGGUUGCACGGUGGCGAUGCCUCGACUGCUCUCGGUGAGCUCGGCCGCAUCGACGUCGAGAGCGCGCUCGCAGUGCUGGAGUCUGCCGCGCGUGGCUCAGAGCGCGCUCGCGUGGCAGGCUCAGAGGCGGCGCCAGAGGCGCGGGCGCAGCGGGGCCGCUACACUCAUCUUUGCGUCGACGAGGUGCACUGCGUCCUGGACCACGGCCACACGUUUCGUCCCGAGUACCUCGACCUUGGCCUGCUGAGGGUGUUCUUCCCGGAGGUCACCGUCCUUCUCAUGACGGCCACCGCAAACAACGACGCCAUCGACGCGAUCAAGGCAGCGCUCAACAUCCUCCGCCGCAAUCGGCACGCCGAGCUCGAGCUCCUCCUCCUCUGCAAACUCGACGAGCUUCUUCACAAUCGCGUCCAGGCCCAGGUGGGAUUCUGGCUCUAG